CCGACUGGCUGUGUACGGUAGACUCGAAACCACCUCAAACAAUCUUGCCGCAGUAAUAGGCUACCAACGGAAAAUUUAGUGCUAAGCGCGGUAAAUCGCAUGCAGGUUUGCUGCUGCAGAAAGACGCACCUUUAAGCGACACACACACGUCCUGUGACUCUCAAAGUACCUGCACAGUGGGCACCGUUGACUUUCUGGACUCGGACGUAAUGCUGCUUGUUCGGAUAUGACGCUUUUUAUCGCCAUUGAGAAGUAGGCCUACUGAAACUUUAAUAAUUACCCCCAAAAUAGUCGAAACAAAAUUUUACAGGCAAAAAGGAUCAGCGAACCCCUUCGAGGGUACAGUUGUAUUUGCAGGACAACCUGUAAUUGUAUUUAACAGUAAUCUGAAUAUUCUUUAUUUAUGCCAAUUAAUAUGUAGCCUAUGCACCGCAUCGUAAACGUGUAUCGAUAUUUAUACAGCAUGGCUUCAUUUAGCGUCGCUUGGCUCGUCAUCUUUACUACCAGUUUCUUCCUCAAUGUCUCAGGGGACAACAUUCCUGUCGUUUUCGGGAUACCUAGGGGUAAUGUGCUCCUCCAAAGUAACUACAAAGUUGUUUUAAGUGACUUUAUGCAUGGUAGCUGGUACCGAAUGAUGCCGGAUGGUCGGGUAGAGCUCAUGGCUUAUUUCAGCAUCUACACCACAAAGUAUGGCCGAUACAGAGGACAGAUACACACGGGCACCACCGAAGUCUCUCUUACUAUCAGCAAUGUGACAUUUAGUGAUUCUGGACAAUAUUUCUCAGCUGUGCACGAUAUUGAAAAAAUCUUCCUUGGGUCGAUCACUGUUUCGACUGUAACGGACCCCAGGAGAGACCCGAACUUGCAGCUGUUUGUCAGUCACAAAACGGAUGACAUGGCAGACAUACUCUGUGAGAUGAGGGACGUGGGUUUGGACUGGGAUGGGCCGCGUUUGGAGGUAGAAAAUAACACAGACACAUCACUGAUGGACAGCAAGACGGGGGAAGCCGUAGACAGCCAUGGUGUUUAUGUUCGAUCAGCCAUGAUGUCUUAUUCUUUGGGAAAGCAGACUGUUCGCGUGGCCUGUGUCAGUCAGCACAAAGACAGACUUACAAUAAGACGACAUGUCAUACUGCAGCGUGAUGAGAUGAUCUGCCCGUGGCUGCUGUACCUGUCCCUGCUGUGUGGGGUCCUGUUUGUGGUGACCAUAGCCACUGGUAUUGUGUGGUUUUACAAGACAAAGUGAUCCUGCACAUCACAGGGCUGAUGCAACGUUACUGAGGGUACCAGCAUGUCGGUGUGACCUUUAGCACAAAGUGGAAAAAGAGAUGAAGGGAGGAGGGGAAGAGACAGAAAAACAUCUUCUCAUGAAGCAAUUCAGAUGUUUCAUGCUGCACCUGUUUAUUUAGAAUUUAACGUAACGAAUGACUGUAAUAACUAAUUUGAAUAAUAUUCAUGUUUCUUUGUAACAUUAUUCCAAGCUAAAUACAUUAUAAUAGACUAAUAUCUUAAGUCAUUUACAGGGUCUUUAAGUGUAAAUUUUAAGAUGACAGCGAUACACACAUACAACAUGCACCCCUGACAUAAAGUAAUAUGAUUGUAUUAACAACAUUUUUGGAACCAGCCAAACGCAACAGGGGAAACAUUUAUGACGAAUAUUGUUACUGUAUCUGCAGUAUGGAACUUUAAAAAAAAUGUGACACGUGUGACGCCAUGUAAAAUAUUUGAAAAUACAUUUUAAAAUAUUGAC